AUGUCAUUAUUCAAAGUUCGCGACUUCUGGGAAGCCAAGGGUUCUGAGGAUGAAGAGUAUUCUGGAGUGGGUUCCGUGUGUUUCCAUCUUAUCGACGGUCUUGACUGCCUCGUCACGGGGAACUUGGCCGGGAUUCUCCGUGUCUUCCACGUCGAGGGCCUUGUCGCCUAUAGAGCCGACCACCUAUUGAUAGAGAAGGAACUAGGACAACCAAUACUACAAGUUGCCUUCGGGAAAUUUGCAUCGAGUUCGCCCGAAUCGUCCACAUGCAUUCUUCAUCCGAGAAAGAUUUCCGUUGUCUCAAUAAAAGCCAAUGCCCUCGGUGGAAGCACACAGUUGGAGGCGAGCUUGGAAACGCUUUACGAACACAGGCUGGAGCGAUGCAGUUACUUGUUCAGCCAGGGUCCGUUCGGAGGAGCCUCAGCAAAGGAUCUGAUCUGCGUACAGAGCGUCGAUGGCGUCCUGAGUGUUUUUGAUCAAGAGAGCCAUGCAUUUGAUCGCCCCCUUCCUGGAGUGGUACUCCCAGGUCCACUAGCUUACGUGGGUCAAACGGAUUCAUUCGUGACAGUGACCUCAAAUUUCACUCUGGAAACUUUCCGCUACCAGGUACUCGCGUCAGCGACUCUCUCAGACGACGCACAACCGGGUGUUCGAGGGAAACGUGUUAUCUGCGAAUGGAGUCGGUCCUUAGGUGAAAUGGUAUCGGAUAUACAAAUAGCCAAUGGAUUGAACGAACAACUAAUAUUCUGUCUAGGCGAACAGACCUUGUUUGUGCUCAAAACAAAUGCAGAACUCGUGUACACCAAACGCUUCGACUACAAUCCUCGUUGUUUCCACGUCUAUCAAAGAGAUCCCAAAGACCCCUUCUUCUUCACGAUGAUCGCGUCCCAGAACAAUACGAUACUAGUCUAUGAGAAAACCCAACUGCGGUGGGCAGCGCAGGUAGAUGAUACAACUGGAAUUACGGCUGCGGUCAGAGCAGACUUCACUUUUCAAAAGGGUAUCAUCGUUCUCCUGAAUGACAACGCCAAGCUUCGGCUCUGUUACCUCGGAACGUCACCGUCUCUCUUCAUUGCACCGGCCCCAGAGCGGAGAGAAAUGUCCACGGAUCCCCUGGAAUUGAAGAAGCUCCAGGCCCUAGCUUCCGGAGCCGCGAGGGUCGAUGAGACAUCCGAUCAGCCAUUGAGUGUUGACCUCCAUCUCGGCGGAUUGCAAAUGCUGAAUGGAACUCCGGCUCAAACCGUGCAAAUCACGCUGGAACCUCCGAUGAAUACGCCGCCGCUCGAGGCCAGAGUGCUCAUCGUGCCUCCUCCACCGUUUGCGGCUGAACCCGUCGAAUUCAAUCUCACGAAAUGCGAGGCCAAAACAAUUUUAGAAGCUUCCGUGAGUCCGAAGAAAGACUUCACACCAGCUGACAUGGUACUGCGUGUCACCGUCAUCUAUCGACAUCCCAAGCUCGGUAUCAGGGUAUCACAAGGAGACGUUGACUUGCCCCUCGAACUCGUUGUGAGAACGCAUCCGAAUCCACCGAAAACGGCGAAAUUCAAGGUGACGCUUGAGUCUUCGCAAAGCGCCAUUCCUCCCCAAGAAUUAUUCCCGUCUCUCGUGCGAGACGCAUCGACGGAAGUUGAAUUCGAAUUCCUCAACGGGCACCGGGUUGGUUUCUUCGCGUCUGGGAACAAGUAUCGCAUCCAAGGAGACGUUUACCCGUCGUUGGCUCUAAUCGUUGACCAAUGCGUCAAGAAAUUCCAUGCAGCACAACCCGAAGCGAAGCUGACGACAAAGCCUCCUGUCUUCGACGAUUUCCUUCAGGUGAUCGCUGAUCACAUCCAGUCGAUAGUGGCCUUGGAAGACACGGAAAAGCGGCUGGAGCAGCUGGCGAGUCAGUAUCGAGCCGUUGAGAAACGACUACUGGCUAAAACGAAAGACAAGACGCCGAGUCCCUUCAAUAAUCUGGACAAACUCCUCGAGAUGACCCACCACGAUUUGCUCCGUACGGCGGACGAAGCUAUUCGUGUGCAAGCGGGAUUGCCAGUGACGGCGUCGGCUCUUAACGCCGGCGGAAUUCUAGCCACACACCUGUUGGUGCUCUCGAACAGAAUUCCGCAGAGCUACCGAGAGACGGUGGCUAACCUCUUGAACUGCCAAGAAGAAGACCCAUUCUCUGAAUUCUGGGAGGAACACACGACCUCCGCCCUGUGUUCGCUGAUGAAAGAGUUGAAAAUCGGUAAAGGACUACACGAAAGCUCGGGCCUUCAAGCAUUGCUGGCAGUUUUGUGGGACAACCAGCUUGAAGAGGGAACCGAAGAACAGCAGCUGAAGAUGCAGCCCGAAGAGGAUGUGCAAGAAGACGCCGCGGGGAGAGGACAUGAACAAGCGGGAAAGGAUGAGGAGGGGGAGGGUGGCGAUCAGUGGUGA